AUAGCAAAUCGAUUAGCUAAAAAACGACACAACCACAGCGAAGAUUUACCUAAAAGUUUAAAUAAUACUGUUAUGACUAUGGCCCCAAUAUCUCAAACUAUCACCUGCAUCAUGUCCCCGCCUCUGCUAAUAGCAUUUCUCCUGACUCAAGCACCUUAUGGUCAGUGAGUGUAUUUUCCUUUUUCUCUGCCCUUGACAUGGUGAUAUAAAAUGAUAAGUAUCGUACUCCAGCUUCGGUUGCGUAUUUUUCAAAUUUAAAUCCGUACUGGUAAAUUCUUAGAGGGAAGUUAGACGUUGUGUGCGGAAAAUAUGCAGCGAUUCGAUUCGUUCCAAAAGCCCCCGGGCUAUGUCCUCGCCAGCAUUAUCUGCUCUUUGGGAGGUUUCCUAUUCGGCAUUGAUACCGGUAUCAUCGGCCCUGUUACCGUCAUGGAGGACUUCACAGCAUACGUCGGCAACCCUUCCCCAACAAUACACGGUCUGAUAGUCUCUUCCAUCCUUAUUCCCGCUGCGAUCUCGUCCCUCUUCGCUGGGAGGGUAGCAGACGUGCUUGGUCGUCCCUAUGCGAUUGCUAUUGGCUCUUUUAUUUUCGGCGUCGGCGCAGCUCUCGAAGGCGCCUCGAUUCACAUUGCUAUGUUCAUAGUCGGCCGCGUCGUUGAAGGAAUCGGCGAAGGCCUCUAUCUUAGCGUGUUAGUAGUUUAUAUCUGCGAAAUAUCUCCGCCGAGGAAUCGCGGUGCUCUGACUACCGGGCCCCAGUUGCUCAUCACCCUUGGAUUGGUUACGGGUUUCUUCACCUGCUACGGUACUGUUAAUAUACAGUCAUCAUUUUCAUGGCGUCUACCAUUUAUCUUACUCGCCGCUUAUUCUGUUGCAUUCUCCAUCGUUGUUCUUAUGUGGCUUCCUGCGUCUCCGCGAUGGCUCACACUUCACGGGAAAACGAAAGAAGCAUCUGCGGCUUGGGAGAAACUUGACGUCCCUGUCGCCGAUCGAGAGAGGAUUCUCGACCAAUACGAUGCUUCGGUAGUGGAAACCAUUAUCCCUGAUGCAAGUGGCGACAUAGUUGCUUUACACAUUACUUCUCCCGUCACUGCUGCUUCCAAGUCGGAGAAGAUGGAAUUGCUCGAUGUGUUCUCCUCGGACGCUCGCCCGCGUCUCUACUUGGCGGUCUUCCUUAUGGGGAUGCAACAGCUGAGCGGCAUCGACGGCGUUCUUUACUACGCACCCCUCCUUUUCCAGCAAGCUGGCCUAUCAUCAAACGAAUCGACAUUCCUCGCCUCUGGCGUCUCGGCUAUCGCUAUCUUUGCCGUCACUAUCCCAGCAGCCAUCUUGGCAGACAAGUGGAGCCGGCGUGCCAACACCAUCCUCGGUGGUCUGGGUAUGACCAUAACCAUGUUCCUCAUGGGCUCAUUAUACGCAGGAGACGCAGUACAUGCCAGCACCGGCGCUGGGCGGUGGGUAGUAGUAGUAUGUAUCUACUUAUUCGCGGUGAUCUAUGCGCUAUCAUGGGCAGUCGGGAUCAAGAUCUACGCAGCGGAGAUCCAGCCGCAACGGACCCGAGCGUCCGCGACCAGUAUCGCCCACGGCGGAAAUUGGCUGAGUAACUUCCUAGUGGCGCUUGUGACACCCACACUGCUCGCCCGCACCAGCUACGGGGCGUAUUUCCUGUUUGGCAGCUGUAUGCUGCUCACUGCCGCCGUGUGCUUCGUCUUCAUGCCCGAGACUCGUGGCCUAAGUCUUAGCGAGAUCGACCAGGCGUUCGCACGACAGGGAACCCAGGUCAGUGCGCUGAGGGGAUUUGCAAAGGGUCUUCGGAAGAGGGUACGUGGCCGCGAAGGAGUGUCGGCUCCGGUCGAAAUGGAUGCUUAAUUUAGGUACGGGUUAGAUAGACGCUUUGGGCAUAACACAUCUCGCCUUCGCUGUCUAAACCGGCAACUUGACACAAGCAGAUACUCGAGAACUAGGGUUUAAAAUGGGAACAUUAGAAAUAUUAAUAUUAGAACCAGGGCUCACAGAUACAAGGCCAUUUAGAUAGAGAACUUGGGUUCUAGGUAUUUAGGGGGGCAUGAAGGGA